CUUCUGCACCGAUCGAUACAACAACUGCAUAUACGAUGGUGCGUGGUAUCGUGCUCCUGUCGUCGCUCGCUACGAUGGCCAUGUCCGCGCAAGACAUCGACGUGUUUACUCGAUUCAACGUACUGGACCAGGUGGAGAAAUUUGAAUCCGCCGCCACCGAAAGCGCAUCCUCUUCCCCCCCGUUCAUCCAGGACGAAUGGUUCAAGACACAAAAAUUAGACCACUCGGACGCCACUAACCCAGCGGUGUGGGCGCAGAGGUACUUUUCCAGUGCUCAAUUCUACGGGGGCCCCGGGUCGCCCGUGUUCUUGUACAUCAACGGCGAAAACGUCGCGCGCAACACAACCGUCGUGUCCACGGGGUUGUUUCUGAACGAACUUGCGAAAAAACACAAGGCACUCGUGGUGUCGCUCGAGCACCGGUACUAUGGCAAGUCCCAGCCGCGCCCCGACUUUUCCAAUGCGAACCUCAAAUUCCUGCGCUCGGACCAAGCGUUGGCCGACAUCGUGACGUUUCAAGACCACAUCAUCCGCACGCGCAACUUGACCGCCGACUCCAAAUGGGUCGCCUUCGGGGGCAGCUACCCCGGCAUGCUCGCGGCUUGGGUCAAGCUACUGUACCCGUCGCGAUUUGUCGGGGCGGUCGCGAGUUCAGCCCCCAUCGAAGCCAAAAUCGACUUUUUUGAGUACUCGGACGUCGUGUCUGAAGGAUUUCGGUACUUUGGCAAGGAUACCUGUGUCAACACGGUGCGGGCGGCGAUGGAAGAAGUCCACAGGUUGCUCACGAGUCCGUCGGCAUCGGACGCGGCUACUCUCAAGACGCUAUUCAAUCCUUGCUUUGACUUCACGAGCGACGACGACCGAUUUGUGUUUGAGCGUCAGAUCUAUAGUCGAUUCCAAGGCAUUGCGCAAAGCAAUGACUUUGGGGCGGUCAAGUUAGCCGACGUGUGCAAUGCCUUUGCCGGCGCAGGGCCCAGUCCUGUAGAAAAGCUAUCUAGAUUUUACAACCGGACGGUGGCGAGUGGCCGAUGCACGUACAACAACUUUGCUGGCGCGUAUGACUAUGCCAAGAACACGUCGCUCACCACCACGGGAAUCUACCGCCAGUGGAGCUACCAAACAUGUGCUGAAUUCGGCUACGGCCAAACUACAGCCAAUGCCAAGGGUGCGUUUUCCCCCCUCAAGUUUGUCACGCCCGACCGCGUGCACGCAUAUAUGUGUCGGGAUGCGUUCAAUAUCACCAACGCUCCUGCCAACGUCGAAGCCACGAAUAAAAAGUACGGCGGGUUCAACCUGAAUGUGGCCAAUGUUGUGCUCCCCACGGGCACCAUCGAUCCGUGGGCCGCGCUUGGCCUAACCAACGCCACGGGGUCCACGAACCCUGCGUCCGAGGUGGUGGACAUUCUCGGCACGUCGCACUGCCGCGACAUGUAUGCGCGUCGCGCGGGAGACGACGGGCACAUUACGUGGGCCCAUCAACGCGUGGAAGCGGCUGUGGAUGGGUUUCUGCGCGCCAAGUGUUGAUACGAUUGCUUUGAGAGUUGUAAACAUGGCUACGUAAGCUAACUUGUUCGCAGUUACAAGGGAGGAGGUACAGAUUGUUGUAGCAAACGAAGGCCGAGCAAAACCUUACAAUAUUGAAGUCUACAGUGGUUCAUAUAUGUUUGACUU